UGUUGUCAUCCAUCCAAGCGAACGCCAUGAAUGAUUCAGAUACUUACAGCUGUCUCGGUAAAGGCAGUCUUUUCUCGCAAGAUUUAAUCAACAAACCCCCUUGAGUCCCGCACAGCAAUAUUGUAUAAUCACGUCAUUGCACUCCACAGGCGAAGCACAUUGGCAAGCUAACCUCCAACUGAGCGCCAAUACCCGCAACAACAAUGCCUGCAGCGAUUGCCAUCAAGAAAGUGGAAGGGACGCCAGGAAAAGUCUACUAUCCCCUCGAGAAAAUCACCAUCCCCGAGGCGAAGCCAAAGGACAAUGAGACCGUCAUUACACUUACCGCAGCCGCCCUAAACCACCGCGACCUCUUCAUCCGCCAGCACCUCUACCCCGGAACCACCUUCGGCGUCCCUCUCCUCGCUGACGGCGUCGGCGUCGUCACAUCAACCGGCAGUUCCUCUGCAGCAAAGUCAUGGCUCAAUAAGCGCGUCUUGUUGAACCCAGGCACAGGAUGGAAAGACAACCUCGAAGGACCCGAGCACCCAAAGGGGUACGCUAUAAUGGGCGGGACAAAGUCCAAUCCCGCAGGCACACUGGCGGACAUCGUUACGCUGGAGGCGGGCGAGUUGGAAGCGUGUCCGGAGCAUCUGAGCGAUGAAGAAGCUGCUGCGCUGCCGUUGACGGGACUAACUGCCUGGCGGGCUUUCUGGGUGAAGAGCGGGAAUGCGGUCAAGGGGAGAAACAUCCUGGUCACGGGCAUUGGAGGCGGAGUAGCGCUCAUGGUGCUCUUAUUCGGCGUCGCGCAGGGCUGUAAUGUGUACGUUACGAGUGGCAACCAGGAGAAGAUCGACAAGGCAGUUAAGCUUGGUGCGAAGGGCGGCGUGAUUUACAAAGAACAGGGGUGGGACAAGAAGCUGCAAAGCUUACUUCCUAGCGAUAGGCAAUAUCUCGAUGCGAUCGUGGAUGGAGCGGGUGGCGAUAUUGUUAACAAGGGCUCUCGACUACUCAAAGCCGGCGGCAUAAUCUCCAUCUACGGCAUGACCGUCUCACCGAAGAUGGAUUUCCUAAUGGGUGCUGUGCUGCGCAAUAUCGAAGUGCGCGGCUCGACAAUGGGCUCACGCAAAGAAUUCGCCGAUAUGGUACAGUUUGUACGGGAGAAGAAGUUGAAGCCUGUCGUUAGUCGCAGCGUACACGGGCUGGAUGUGGAGAAGAUCGAUACACUAUUCGAUGACAUGAAGAAUGCAAGCCAAUUCGGCAAGCUGGUUGUUACGCUAGGAGAGGGGAAAACUAGUAAGCUGUAGA